ACAUUUAUAUAUGUGGAUAGUAAAGUGAGGAGUGGACCUCGUUGUUUUGCUAUAUAAAGGGUGCCAAAGGCUUUAGAGAUAUGCAAGCAGCUAUCUCAAUUAUACGGACACACAAACACAUUAAAUUACAGAGAGAAGCAAGAAAUGGCGACGCCGACAAUUCCAAAGCUUGUUGUGUUGCAAUCACAUGGCUCUUGUUUGCAGUAUGUUAAAGAAGGAAAGCAUGAGAGAUGCAUCAAAUGCGAUGGAAAUGAUGCUGCUGAUCCUGCAUCCAAAUUCGAAAUAGAGCAAGUGAAGGACAAAGAUUUAGUCCACAUACGAUGCUGUUACAACAACAAAUACCUUAGGUUCAUUAACCAAUCAUCUCAUUAUAUCGGCGCAGCAGGCGAUAAGGUGGAGGAGGACCCAUCGAAAUGGUCAUGCACGUUGUUUAAACCCAUGGUCCAAAGAAACAUGAAUUAUCUUUUCCAGCACGUCCAAAGCGGAAACAAUCUCUGCCAUUUUUUAGCGGAUGGCAAAGAUGAUGAUCACUGCUUAAUUGCCAGAUUGCCUGACAAAGAUGAACAUUGGGAACUCUUCCACCUCAUCGACUGGAAAUCACUUGUGAUACUUCCCAAACAUGUAGUGUUCAAGGGUGACAAUGGCAAGUAUUUACAGUCACUACCACAUAAGUCACUUUCAGCAACACUAACAAAGCAACACUAUCGAUACUGUUGCAAUAGUACCCAGUAUUUACGAAAGGAGUUUAAUUUGGUUGCAAUAAGUUUAUUAACUGGGAUUUGCUUUGCUCUUCACUAUUCACCGUUACUCUUUUCCAACUUUCUCAUUUCUAAUCUCUCUCGCACUCGCCGGAGAUUUCUCUCGUCAUUUCCUGCCGUCACAAUGUCCUCCGCUAAUAACGCCACAGCCAAGGAUUCUCAUACUAAAGACGAAGUUUAUCUCAACGCGGUAAUCGAAGAACGCAUCAAAUUGUUUAGCUUGCUGAAUGGGACUGUGAAGGAAGGAGAGAGGCAGUUAUCAACUUCGAUGGCUAAAGGCAUUUCAAAGAGUUUGGCUACGAAUGUUUUGAUUGCUCAACUUAACGGUUGGUUUUGGGAUAUGAAUAGGUAUGUGUUUAUAGUAUCUGCUAAUCAUUGA